GAGUCUGAAACAAAUCUCGAACCCUAGCGCGCACGACCACUCUUCGUUUUCUCUCUAUCUCAAUAAACCGUACGUAACCGUAGGCGAUAGCACAACACAGUCCCCACUCUCUGCGAUGACCGGUCAACGUAGUUCUUACGGCAAGCGCUCCCACUCUCACUCCGAUUCCGACGCCGGUUCCAAGAACAAGCGCCGGAACCCUGCCGCCGAUGAUUCGUCUCUUAUCACACCCGAGGACACCGUCUUCCGCUACCUCUGCCCCGUCCGCAAGAUCGGCAGCGUUAUAGGCCGCGGCGGUGACAUCGUCAAGCAGCUACGCGCCGACACCAGGGCCAAGAUCCGCAUCGGUGACGCGCUCCCCGGUUGCGACGAGCGCGUCGUUACUAUCCACAGUUCCUCCGAGGAGACCAACAGAAUUGACGACACUGGUGAUCAUGUUUCGCCUGCUCAGGACGCGCUGUUUCGGGUUCACCAGCGCGUGAUAGCUGAGGACGCACGUGACGACGAGGAUGAGGAGAGGAACCAUGUCACUGCGAAGCUUCUCGUGCCAUCCGAUCAGAUCGGAUGCGUGAUCGGAAAAGGUGGCCAGAUUGUGCAGAAUAUCCGGAGUGAAACCGGCGCGCAGAUUCGGAUCCUUAAAGAUGAUCGAUUGCCUCCCUGUGCGUUGAGUUCUGAUGAACUUGUUCAGAUUUCGGGUGAGGGAGCGGUUGUGAAGAAGGCUUUGUUUCAAAUUGCAGCUCAGAUCCGUGAUAAUCCUUCACGGUCUCAGCAUCUGCUUGCUUCUGCAGUUCCUGGUGGGUAUGCAGCUGGUGGUCCUGGUGCAGGGGCUCCCAUUGUUGGAGUGGCUCCUUUUGUGGGUGCUUAUGGAGGAUAUAAAGGUGAUGCUAGUGACUGGUCACGGUCUCUGUAUCCUGCCCAAAGGGAUGAAGCGUCUAUGAGAGAAUUUACUGUACGGUUUGUUUGUCCCACUGGCAACAUUGGUGGUGUGAUAGGAAAAGGUGGUGCCAUAAUAAAUCAAAUCAGGCAGGAUUCCGGGGCUACCAUCAAAGUUGAUAGUUCAGUGACGGAAGGAGAUGACUGUUUGAUAAUCAUUUCGACUAAAGAGUUCUUUGAGGAUUCUUUCUCUCCAACAAUAGAAGCUGCUGUGCGAUUGCUGCCCCGCUGCAGCGAGAAAGUGGAGAGAGAUUCAGGGAUUGUUUCUUUCACCACCCGUCUUCUUGUGCCAACCUCAAGAAUUGGUUGCCUUAUUGGUAAAGGAGGGACAAUUGUAACUGAAAUGAGAAGGCUUACAAAAGCGAACAUUCGCAUCCUUUCAAAGGAAAAUCUUCCAAAAAUUGCAUCUGAUGAUGAUGAAAUGGUGCAGAUUUCAGGAGACCUUGAUGUUGCGAAGGAUGCUCUUGUGCAGGCACUCACACGGCUGAGGGCAAAUCUUUUUGAUAAGGAGCGUGCUGUCUCAGGAUUCCUUCCAGUGCUUCCAUAUCUUCCAACUUCUGUUGAUGGAUCAGAUGGCUUGAAUUAUGACACUAGAGAUGGUAAACGACAUGGACGUGGUGCAUAUUCUGGUGGUUAUGGAGGUUCAAGUGAUUUGGCAUCUGGUGAUGGUUAUGGAAGCUAUGGAAGUUCACAGCUUGGUGGUAGUGGUGGUGGUGCUUAUGGAGCUUAUGGAAGUUAUUCUUUGGGACGGUCUAGUGGCUAUGGGUCUACUCAGAAUGGUUCUUCUCGGAGGAGAAACCAUGCUUACUAAAACUUGAUGGGUCCCUGCAGGUAUCAAUAUCUUCCUGACAUAAGCAAGAGGCUGUGCCGCAAUUUUUGACUUUGAUAAUUCAUAUUUAUGGAAUUAGUUCAGUACUUCAGAUAUGAUGAAUUAGAGGUAUGAUAUCUGUUUAUAUAUGAAGUUGAUUGUAGCAUUGAAGCUUAGUGCUUUCUUGGCUAAGGUAAUGUGCAUUUGGAGUUAUGCAAAAUCUUUCACGAUUGAGAAAUAGAUUAAUAUCUUGUUUGUUAUCUUUUCUCCGCAAGGCCAAUAUAGUACAUGGCUAGUCGUUGUUGUAAUUUCUAGUUCCUGUCAAAAUUUCGGCUUAAUUGUAAUUCUUUUGCGCGGAGAAGUUAUUGCCUCGACUUUCUUGGGGUUUUCCUACCAAAACCAGUUUAUUUGAUGUGUAGCCCUUUAUAGAGUAUUUACACAAGUAUUUAGUCUGUCUUAUGAUUCUAUUCAGAGACGUGUCUUCUUUUCUGAGGGUAGAGGUUCCAGUUGGUGUCAAUUGAAAAACUAUGUACCACAAUGGGACGGAUUUGAAACAUUUGCCCCCCCUUUGUCAUUAUUUUUUUAUGUCAGCAAAAAACAGAACAUGUUUUACCUCUUAGGCAUUUGCUAUUCUCCACUCGUCACAUAAUAGAUGAUAGACCUUCAACAAAAGAAACAUAGUUUUUUGGAUCUUUAAAGUAGGCUUUAUGUGAUUAUGAUCGAGUAAUAUUGCUAUAUAGUCAUGGUUGGGAUCGUGGGAUUCGAACUGUUUACAUGUGAAAUCUGUAUUCAGAAUUGAGAAUUGAAAUUUAUCCUGAAUCAGAAAAUUAACGAUUAACUGAUUAAAAUUAUUGUAAAUAUAAAUAACUAAUCCGAAAUAUAACCGAGAUUUAGUAUUUUUGAAAAAUAACUAUUUUUUUCCUAUUUCUACCAUUUUUCAUCAUUGACAAAAAUAUAUUAAAUGGUAAAAUUAUGGUAUCAUAUUUUAGGGAGGCUUAUUUUAAACGUUGAUGUCAGAUGAGAAAGAAAAUAUUACUGAUGUAUGUUUUUUAGUAAUUUAUCUUACAAUCCAUGCUUGUCUUUAGUUUUACUUUCCAACCUAAGCAUAAAUUGAACCUAAGAAAGCGUUUUUAUUGUGAAGUAGAAAAUAAAUUAAAACCAUUAAGAUAGGAAGUAAGCAAAAUGCUAGCUUGCAAGUGUACAAUUUUGGAACUCACUAAAUGGUUACUUGAGAUCGUUAAUUUAUUGGUGAAAGUUUGGUUCAUACUAGAUGGAUUAUGGUUAGCCAUAUAUAUGUUGCGUACAGAACGAUUGACUACUUUCUGAAGGAUAUUUGGUAUUGAAUUUAGAAAAUUGAAGGUGGAAAAACAAUUCUGAAGGCCAAUUUAGGCAUUUAAAUUGUCUUACAGCCUGUGGAAAACGCAGGCUAUUUUGGUGCAUUUGAAGUGAGUGUUUGAAGUUUUUGCCCUAAAACGUUGUUUUAGAGGCCUAACACAGCGUUGCUAAAAUGUUGUCGUAUAUUAGCGCACCAUAUGUAGGCAAAUGUGCUAGUUCAUGUCUGCACCUGAACUAGUGCUCCAAUUGGACUAGGUUUUUCUCUAUUUUCUGUAUUUGUUUAGUGUGGUAUAGAAAUUUAGCUGUAAAUCAAUGUACAGGAGGCGUGGAGGAUCUUAUUUUUAAUUGUAGAGAUGUUUAGCUUGUAUUUUGUUUAGGCAGUUGGAUAAAAAUGGACGAAUCAAAGGCUAACAUGUCAUUUUGAUGAUCCUCGUGGGAAAUUGAAAUGGAAUUGUGGUAUGUAUAGUUUUUCUUUCCAACCCUUAAUUCUCUGGAACUUAAUUGAAUCAGCGGAAUCACUUAUGCUACUCAUUUUGUCAGGUCAUUUCAACUAUGGAACAGGUAAGCCUGGCUUAUGGUUAUAUACAAUGCACGGUCGUGCCAGCAGCAAAUGUGCUUUUCUGUGAGUUGAGAAUUCACAAGCCUUAAAAGAUAUGAAUUUUCUAAAUCCUGUGAUAUUUUAGAUUUUGAUGGUUAUGGUUUGCUUUGAAAAAUUAGUAUAGAGAAAAUCUGAUUCCCCUCAUAUUACCGAAGCUUGAAAUAUAGCUUUAGCAUCUUUAUGAUUCUUGUUAAACGAAUUGGCAAAUCAGUGUAUGAAAAAAGGUGUCUGUAAAGAAUUAGUUAGAUAGGAUCUUUUUGAACAUUUAUCAUUUUUUAUUAGCAGAUGUGAUGGUUUACCUAAACGAGGCUGAUGGAAAAAAGAUGAUUGCAAGGGCUUGACACGAUGUUGUUUGAACCAUUCUUCUGCGAUACCUUACAUUCAUCACUGCAAGUAACACGACUUAGAAUUAUAUCUGUUGCAUCUUAAAUUGAAUCAAAAUAAUUCAACACAAGAUUGGAGUAGAAAGAAAUAAGGGAAUGAAGAAAAGAAAAGUAAGUGAUAUGUAAAGUGAAAAUAUCAAUUGUUUGGUGAAGAAACAAUUUUUAUUUUUUA